UCAUUUCAAGCCCGGCCUCCAAUCGCGAACCGGUGGCCAAUUCCCCUUCUUUUCCCCAGCCCAGGUUUUCUUUGCAACGCCUCCUUUGAGCCAUGCAAGGGGGAUUUUGUUCUCCCCCUUUCCUCCCAGCACAGUGAAAGCGGAUGGCUCCAACGGCGGCUGCGAUGGGAAGCUGCGGCCGGGGAGCGCAACGCAGGACCAUCAGCCGCGCAGGCACCGCCACGAUCACCACCAUCGCUGCUGCUGCUGCUACCGCUGCUUCCUCCUCCUCCUCCUCAUCUUCCUCCUCGCUCGGGCCCCGGAAGAUCCCUCGGAACAGCUUCGUGGAGGCCACGAUGACCUGAUUUCCCGGGGUACCGCCCCCCAUCCUCCUCUUCCUCCACAUCCUCUUCUCCAGCCUCGCCACCAUUUAGAUAUACAUCCUUUGCGCACCGGAGGCGAGCUGCGGGGUGGGGUGGGGGGCAGCCGCAGCACCGAACCCCCCUCGGCGGGAGAGGGAAUGCGCGUCUGGCGAGCCGGCGAGGGGCUGCGACCAGGGAGGGGAGAGCGAAAGCGAAGAAAGGCGGCGGAGGGUCCUAUUAUUAGCAACACCUGCUUCCGCCUCCCCCCCCCCUUUCCCGCGAUGUCGCUUUCACAUCCAGAGCGCAGGCGAUUCCCAUUCUAGCUGCGGGCGCUGCGCCCUAAAGACCAAUUAAAAGCAUCUCAGAAGGGGGUCCAAGCGGAAUGGGAACGGGGGGUUGCUGCCUUUUGCUUCCUCCUUUCGCCUCCUUUUAUCCGUAUCUUUGUUAAAGUCACUUUCUCUCCUCUUCUGUCUCUCUGCAGAUUCUCCCUACCCCUCCCUACGAAGUCUUUUGUCACUGUCUGUCUGCACGUUUCCUCCCUCUUCCCUCCCCCCGCUCUGCAUUUCCUAACAAUUAGUGGGUUUUUUGAGCCUUUAAUUCCCCCCCCCCCAAGGUUCUUAAGGUAUUGGUAAAGAGAAGCGAAGAGACGCGUGUUUGUUUGCUCUUUCUCCUUUUGGAGAGACUCUGUGAGCCCCUGCCUGCCCCUACCCCAGUUGUUGGAGAAGCAGGAUACAACCUUUCUUGGGGGAAUGUCAUCCCUCUCACCACCUGGCCCCCUUCCUAAAGUCUGGAAGCCUCCCAGUAACCCCACUUAGGAUUCCUCCCCCUCCCUGUGCAAGUUAUACUGUGUUCUCUUGCCAUUCCUCCCUGCUUUCUAUCUUGUUUUUCCUGCAACAUUUGAGUCCCUUGCGAACUGAGCCGAUCCUGUAUUGGAUAAGGUUCUUCCUUGUCCAGCUAUUGCUUUAUUUUAAAGGACCUCAAGGGUUGACCCACAAUCCCGGGGCCUCCUUCCUUGGGACACUUGGAUCUUCUGCUGCCAAGGAAGUUCCAUUUCAAAGACCACGGGAGCAGUACAAAGCCUCUGCAACGAAGUUGAAUUGUUUCCUUCUGCAAGAGUUUUCAUGCAAGUCUGAGCUGUUUGCUUUUCCGAAAUCCAGUAGUGUCAAGGGGCUCUUGCUGGCAAGUAGGGGGGUGGGGGCAGCUGCUGAAGAGGUCUUCCGGUAUCUCCUUCCAAUAGGGAUUGGAAACUCAAAGGACAUUUUCAAAACCUCCCUGCUUCACUGGGACCUGCAGAGAGCAAUGGUUGGCUUUCUUUCCAGGAGCAGGUGCACCUAUUUCUGGAGUGGCAGAGCUGAUCUGAGCUGCCUUUCAAGAUUAUCGCCACCUGCAAACAUUUGUCGCUUCCCCUUGCUGUGAAUAGCCCAGCUGUGCAAGCUGGAGAAAAAGGAGGGAGGCUGCCCACAAGGACAAGCUGAUGGGGAAAUGUGUUCUCACCUCCUCCCUUCCUCCUCCUCCUUCUCUUGCUCCUAGUGAAAGUAGCCAGAGAGCAGGUCAUCCAACUUCUGCUUCCACCUUUCUCCUUUGGUUAUUGCCCAAGUAGUCACCUGAGUUGCAUCUCCCACUUUGGGCAGUUCUUUGAUGGCUUCUCUGAGGAGAGUGAAAGUCCUGCUGGUCUUAAACUUGAUUGCAGUCGCUGGGUUCGUCCUCUUCCUGGCCAAGUGCAGGCCCAUCAUCGUGAAGAGUGGGGACUCCUUCCACGAAAUCCACCCCAGGGCAGAAGUGUCCAACUUGACUGCCCGUGCUGGAAACCCCAUUCAGGAUGCAGUUUUGAAAAGGCUGUCGCUUCUCGAAGACAUUGUCUACAGACAGCUCAAUGGUCUAUCCAAAUCACUGGGGCUCAUUGAAGGCUAUGGUGGCCGUGGGAAAGGAGGGCUUCCUGCCACGCUUUCCCCUGAGGAGGAAGAAAAAGCCAAGGGACCGCAUGAGAAAUAUGGCUACAAUUCCUACCUCAGUGAGAAAAUAUCACUGGACCGUACCAUACCAGACUAUCGACCAACUAAGUGUAAAGAGCUGAAAUACCCAAAGGAUCUCCCGCAGAUUUCUAUUAUCUUUAUCUUCGUGAACGAGGCCUUGUCGGUCAUCCUGCGUUCAGUGCACAGUGCAGUGAAUCACACACCUGCUCACCUGCUGAAGGAGAUCAUUCUCGUAGAUGACAACAGUGACGAAGAGGAGUUGAAGGCGCCCCUGGAAGAGUAUGUCAACAAGCGAUACCCUGGCCUGGUGAAGGUGGUCCGCAAUCAGAAAAGGGAAGGCCUCAUCCGAGCUCGCAUUGAAGGCUGGAAGGUUGCCUUGGGCCAGAUCACUGGCUUCUUCGACGCACACGUGGAGUUCACGGCAGGCUGGGCUGAGCCUGUUCUUUCACGGAUCCAGGAAAACCGGAAAAGAGUCAUUCUUCCUUCUAUUGACAAUAUCAAGCAGGACACCUUUGAGGUUCAGCGCUAUGAAAAUUCAGCCCAUGGAUACAGUUGGGAACUGUGGUGCAUGUACAUUAGCCCUCCGAAAGACUGGUGGGAUGCUGGAGACCCUUCACUACCAAUCAGGACUCCAGCUAUGAUAGGCUGUUCUUUUGUGGUGAACCGGAAGUUCUUUGGAGAAAUUGGACUUCUUGAUCCAGGAAUGGAUGUUUAUGGUGGAGAGAACAUAGAGCUUGGAAUUAAGGUAUGGCUCUGCGGUGGCAGCAUGGAAGUCCUGCCCUGCUCUCGAGUUGCCCACAUUGAGCGCAAGAAGAAACCUUACAACAAUAACAUUGGCUUUUACACAAAGAGGAACGCAUUGCGGGUGGCCGAGGUGUGGAUGGAUGACUACAAGUCCCAUGUGUACAUUGCGUGGAACCUGCCACUGGAGAAUCCUGGAAUUGAUAUCGGAGAUGUUUCAGAGCGAAAAGCACUCAGAAAAAGCUUGAAGUGCAAGAACUUCCAAUGGUACUUAGACCACGUCUACCCAGAAAUGAGAAGAUACAAUAACACCAUUGCAUAUGGAGAGCUGCGCAACAACAAGGUGAAAGAUGUCUGUCUUGAUCAAGGACCACAGGAGAACCACACAGCCAUCCUGUAUCCGUGCCAUGGUUGGGGGCCACAGCUUGCCCGCUACACCAAAGAAGGGUAUCUUCACUUGGGUGCUCUUGGGACCACGACACUCCUGCCUGAUACCCGCUGCUUGGUGGAUAAUAUGAAAAACCGAUUCCCACAACUCCUGGACUGUGAAAAGGUCAAGAGCAGUCUACAUAAGCGCUGGAGUUUCAUACAGAACGGUGCAAUUCUAAACAAAGGGACAGGCCGCUGUUUGGAAGUUGAGAAUAAAGGCAUGUCAGGUAUGGAUCUUAUUCUUCGAAGCUGCACAGGACAAAGGUGGACAAUUAAGAAUUUCAUCAAGUAGAAUGCCCUUUCUCCUUUGCUCAAGAACUGAUGGAAUUUAGAUCUUUCACAAGGGUAGACAUCCUUCCAUCUCCUCUGCUCUGUUCACAAUAUCAGGGAAAACUCUUAAGGGAAGAGAAUAUUUUCUUUCUUUUUCAAAAAAAUAAUUAUUUAUUGAACUUUGAUUAUCUCUCUGCUGACUCCAACCAGCUGGAAGAAAACAUUCUAGGUCUGCAGUUAUCAUUAUGUGAGCGCUCAACUAGCAUUUCUGCUGAAGAACUGUAAUAAAUGCUUUAAACAUUUUCCAGAGCAAUAUUACUUUCUCCAAAUGGGCCCGCAGAAGAUGCAGGAGAAUCAAAGGAUGAGCAAUUCGCAAGUGAUAAUAUAUCAACCGUGAAGGCCACGAUUACUGUAGGAUCCCUAGAAAUAUUCCUUCAAUCCUACUUCAAGCUGGUUUUGAGAAACUUUGGGGAGAAUCCUGGACUACUAAAGGCACAUUUCAUAAGCUUCUUGCAGAACCUUUUCCUCCAUACUAAGCACAACUUGCUGUUGUUGUUUUUGUGAAGCCUGAUGUAUGUGUGAGGGGGACAUCCUGAAUGCCAACCGUGCACUGCUGCAAUCAGCAGAACUUACAAAAAGGCCCCUUUUGGCACAGGCACUUCAUCCUUUACCCAGUCAUUAAGAGAAGUGUGCUAUUUUCCAUGAACAUGCCAAGAGGGAAGGGAAGGAAUAAUUUCAUGACAAAUCCCCACCCAAAGCAACAAUGAUUAAUUGGGUGUUUGAGUGGUUUUUAAAUGUGCAAUAAUCAGAUUAACUUUGCUUCUCCUAGUUUAAUUUUGUGCAAUUGUGCUUUAGAGACCAGAAAUGUUCUGCUAUGCCAUGUCCGUGGCUCUGGAGGGCAAUCUUCUUCCUUAACCAGUAGCUGGCGAUAAAGGACUUUAGCAACAGAUUUACAUCUGGGGGUGUAGGAAAAGGAAGGAUUUGAGGACACACAAUCCCUCCAAAAAAAAGAGGGAUUAGGUCACUGAUGGUUAGAGAACAUUUUCUCCAUUUCCUAAGCCAUCUAAUAAAGCUGAUGAUCAGUAAAUUCAGAUUCACCACAUGUUGGGAACAUUUGGACCUCCAGAUGUUACUGAACAACAACUACCAUCUCUGGCCAUUCUUGCUAGGGCUGGUAGGAGUUGUAGCUGAACAACAUCUGGAAGACCAAAGGUUCCCACUGCUGGGUUAGACUAAAGAAGAAGAGUUUUGGAUUUGAUAUCCCGCUUUAUCACUACCCUAAGGAGUCUCAAAGCGGCUAACAAUCUCCUUUCCCUUCCUCCCCCACAACAAACACUCUGUGAGGUGAGUGGGGCUGAAAGACUUCGAAGAAGUCUGACUAGCCCAAGGUCACCCAGCAGCUGCCUGUGGAGGAGUGGAGACACGAACCUGGUUCCCCAGAUUAUGAGUCCACUGCCCUUAACCACUACACCACACUGGCUGUAAGAAACUACUUCUUAUCAUUGUGUGGGGACAGGGCAGCUGUGCCCCUCCAAAUGUUUGUAGACUGCACACCCAUCAUUCCUGACCAUUGACCAUGCUGAUUGGGGUAUUGGGUCACCACAAAACCUGGUCAUCCUACAUAAGUGACACACAGUAUAAUUAACUUCUGGAAGCUGCUGCCAGACAAUACAGUGAAGUAGAAUUUCUGACAUGGGCUGCCUUACGUCCAGAAUUUCCUGGACAUUAAAGUGAUUCCCGCCCAGAUGCUGUUUAUGAGGGCUGAAUACCGGCUAUGUCUGGGAAAUUCUGGACAUAUGGCAACCCUAAGUGAAGGCCACCAACUUAGAUAGCUUUGGAAGGGAAUUAUGUAAACUCAAGAAUCAAUGACCAGUUGCUGGGGGCAUCAGUAGAACUUCAGAUGUUUGUGAAGGGACCAUUCAAUGUGAAAGUCCAGUUGCUUUCCAGAUGCAUCCAGUUGACCACUGGGAAGAUAGAACUUUCCUCUGAAAGCAAGGCUGCUUUUAUCUUCAGAUGCCUGCACAUUCAUUUGAUUUCCAAAUCCCUGCGUGCGCAUUUUUUUUUAAAAGAGCAAGCCUGUUUGGCAAUCCCAAAAGUCACAAUGUCCUAAGAACAUAAACAGUCAGUGGAAGGGAAAUCAUACGAAUAUUCCCCCUCCUUCCAAAGUUCGCUCAGCCAUAAAGCCUGCCAGGAGGUAUUUGGCCAGUCACUCUCUUUUGGCCUAACUCUGGCUGCAUUCACACAAAACACAGUAACAUUUCCCUGUUACUUUCUGUAGCAUAUUUGAGCUUGCAUGCAGCGUAAAAGCCACUUUUGGAACUCUAAUGGAACAUAGUGGAAGUUUACAUCUGCAAACCAGAAAACCAUGAAUGAAAUGACAAAAUUUGGGGUGGUAUACUAGCAUACAGUUCUUCCCUGCCAUUUUCGUGGGGGGCUCAUGGGAGAACCAAAGCAUGCACGUGGGAAAAGGGUGAGGGAGUGGAAAUGUUGUCCGAUGACGUUUAUUUCUGCAUCACACAACACAGGCUGAUGUGUGCAAAAUUUAGCACGCCGUGUCGGUGUAUUGCUCAGAAAGCAACAGUUCUGUAACACAGCAGCUACUGCAGUAUGAAAGGAGCAUGAGAAAAUGGGAAAGAAGCACUGGCAUUGUAUCAGGAAAGCUAAAGCAACAUUCCCUGUGUCUGAAUGCAUCCUGACUCUUCCAACUGUUUCCCUAAACUGUGACAUUUUGAAAGAAAACCAGGCACAGCCAGAGCCUAGCAUUUCUGCCCCCAGUGGCAUUUGCUAGAGUUCCAGCAGCUUUGAAAAUAAAUGAAUUCCCAACUGGCUCUAAAA